UCCGGCGCUUGAAAGGAGCGGCGAUGCCGGCGGCGGCAGGGAGUCCUCGGAGGCGGCUGCGGCCGGGCGACCCCCUGCCAGAUGUAUUGCUGUCCUUGAACAUCAGCCCACUUGAAAACGCCUGGAAGUUCAGUCGCCAGCAUGUCCAAGUACAGACUUGUUAUGUUAAGACAUGGGGAGGGGGCCUGGAAUAAGGAGAACCGCUUUUGCAGCUGGGUGGAUCAGAAACUUAACAGUGAAGGACUGGAGGAAGCUCGAAACUGUGGGAAGCAGCUCAAGGCGCUAAACUUUGAGUUUGAUCUCGUGUUCACAUCUGUCCUGAAUCGGUCCAUCCACACGGCCUGGCUGAUCCUGGAGGAACUGGGGCAGGAAUGGGUUCCCUUGGAAAGCUCCUGGCGUCUGAACGAACGUCACUAUGGAGCCUUGAUUGGUCUCAACAGGGAGAAGAUGGCAUUGAAUCAUGGUGAAGAGCAAGUGCGGCUCUGGAGGAGAGGCUACAAUGUCACCCCGCCCCCUAUCGAUGAGUCUCACCCUUACUACCACGAGAUCUACAGCGACCGGAGGUAUAAAGUGUGCGACGUGCCCCUGGACCAGCUGCCGCGGUCUGAAAGCCUCAAGGAUGUCCUGGAGAGGUUGCUUCCCUACUGGAAUGAGAGGAUCGCUCCAGAGGUGCUGCGUGGCAAGACCGUGCUGAUCUCUGCUCAUGGAAACAGCAGCAGGGCUCUCCUGAAGCAUCUGGAAGGCAUCUCCGAUGAAGACAUUAUCAACAUUACUCUUCCCACGGGAGUCCCCAUUCUUCUGGAGCUGGAUGAAAACCUGCAAGCAGUUGGGCCUCAUCAGUUCCUGGGUGACCAAGAGGCCAUCCAAGCAGCCAUUAGGAAAGUAGAGGAUCAAGGAAAAGUGAAAAAAACUAAAAAAUAGCCUUUGCCAAGUGUUGGCUGGGGAUGUAUGCAUAGGCAUGGCGUGAAGUGUGCUCUGGGUGCUGAACUGUCUCCCUUCCCUUGAUUUUCUGGAUUUUUCCAGAGCUUGGCCCUGUAUAGAGUAGCAUCUGCAUAGGUAACUUGUUUUGGCCGAGAUACACAUGAAGGCAUAUGUCCUAAGCCUUCUGGCUUUCCCAGUGACCCUGUCUGAUUAGUCACCACACUAGUAACUAGUACUCAAGGUCAUGAGUUUCUGAGCGGCAGAGUAACCAGUAGAGAUGAAGAUUAAGGUGUAUGUCAUUCAGUAAGCCAUUACUGAGACACCACUGGCAGACACAAUUCUAAGUAGUUCACUUUUAUAUUUAAUAAGAUUUUCUGGGAUGAUGGUAAGGGAUUUUAGAUAAUACUAUAUGUAUUUAUUACUAGUCUUUUCCUCUCGGAAAAGGGAUGCAUUGAUAGUUAAGACCAGAGACCCAUUAAAUGGGAAAGUCACAGAUAUGUUCCUCCAAGAAAGUCAACCACCACCACGACAGCAGGCCCUUGAACUUGUCUUCUCGUCCAGCAACAUCCUUGGAUAUUUGGUAGAAUUCCUCUUUGGCUACUAGAACAAGCAGUAUAUAGACAACUUUGGCUGUUUAUGUUCUCUUUUUGUUUUGUUUUUGAACUUUAAUUUUGGAUACUCACAGCUAGUUUAAAAAUAAAAGUCUGUGACUGAAAAUGGCAUCCCGAA